GGCUGAAGAGACCUAGCUUGUCUAUCUAUCUAAUGACUGGUAAUUGCGUCGGGUGUACUAAAGUCUUCUCUGUAAAAAAUUGAUUGUGGGUCACAUUGAAUGCUAGUUUCAAAUUUUCGAGAAAAUAUUUUACAAUUAUCGCGCGCUUCGUGGACCGACCUGACGUCGUCCCGAGUGUGCUGGCGCCAUUGAACGCGAGUAGGCGAAUACAGCCGAAAUGGAGGAGAAAUUACCGGACAUGUCCGAACCUUUGACGAGUGAAACCGAGGAAUCUGCCCUGUCGAACGAUCACGAAGCUCAUCCUGUCGCCGUCACUUCCGUACCCGGUGUACCAGGAGUUGGAGUCCCAGUUUCACUACCUGUUGGCUCCAUUAUUGGAGUUGCAAACGCCUCUAAUGGAACGACCUUCAACGUCAUCACGUCCGAUCAACUGCAGUUGCAGGGAUCUGGCCAGUUUAAGCAAAUGCUGUGCGUGGACAACAGUUUUAUAUGUGAACCCCGCCACGAUAAAGACACGGAUCCUUUACGCUGGAAUGGUGAGCUGAAAGCAACGCAUAUAGUAAUACAAAACAGUACUGAUGAAAAUGAUACUGAUCAACUUCACGUAUCUGCUGGUAAUUCACAACCAGUAUGCAGCUGGUCAGAAUCAGCCAGUCUGGCCGUGCUGCCGGUCAGGUGUAAAAAUACAAAUGCAGAGUUACAUAAAAAUAGAUUUGGUUCCGGAGGAAGAGGUCGGUGUAUUAAGUUGGGUCAGGACUGGUAUACUCCAAGCGAAUUUGAAGCACUCUGUGGAAGAGCAUCUAGCAAAGACUGGAAACGUAGUAUUCGAUUUGGUGGAAGGAGUUUACAGACUCUUAUCGAUGAACAAAUUUUAAAACCUCAUGCUACAUCCUGUACCUGCGCUGCUUGCUGUGAUGAUGACAGCGCAACUGGUCCAGUUCGCUUGUUCACACCGUAUAAAAGAAGGAGACGAGCAAGGGAGCAUUCAGACGGUGAAGUGCCUUCACGCAAACACAAAAGUGAUAAUUCCCGAGACGGUAGUAAUAACGACGAGAGUGACAGUGAAGUAGGUGGCCCUGUCAAAGAAGUAUGGUCACAGUUUGUUGCCGAAGAUGGUUUGGUUGUUCAUCAACAGCCGGAGCAAGAAACUAUCCAUCAAGCAGAAAAUGGUCAAGGAGAUGAUGUGUUUAGAAAACUAGACGAAAUGGCAAGCAAGUUGUCAAAACUUGCUUAUGAAUUCAGACGUACCUUGGAUGAAGCCAAAGAGUUAAAUAGACAGCAAAGAAGAGAACAAGCAUUGGUUGCGCAAUUAGGUGGAAGGGGAGAUGUAAUCGAAACAGUUGGUUUACAACCAGCUGCGGAUAUUCAGAAUAAAAAGUGUGCCAAUUGCAAUAGGGAGGCAUAUGCAGAGUGUUCCUUGUGUAGGCGUACUCCAUAUUGUUCAACAUUUUGUCAAAGGAAGGAUUGGAGUGUCCAUCAAGGAGAAUGUGUAAGGGGAGCAGCUGAAACUGUAAUGUUGAUAGUGGAGAGUAGUACCGGUGAGGCAAAUGCUUUAGGGGCAGCAUCCGGAGACCAAUAGCUAGUGUUCCUCACGCCAAUUCGACGGAAGAAUUCGGCUAGUGAAAAAUUAAGUUAUGACGACAAAGCUGCAGAAAGAGAAAAGACUUAAGCACUGGAACUGUGAAACCACUAAUUCACUAUAUCUUUUUCGAUAUACACUUUAUAUUUGUUGUAUUAUUUUUUAUUCUUGAGAAAAUCAAGGAGUUAAACUCUUGUAUAUAACCUAAUACCUAUUUUCACGUAAAAUAAGGACACAUGUGUAAGUAGAACUCUAGAAAUUAAUAUCAAAAAAUUUGCUUCCUAUGUUAAAAUGUAGAUAAAUAAAACUGUCCAAUUAUAAAAUAUGCUUCAGAAAAUUGAAUGUGAAAUCUUUAAGAAGAUUGUAAAUGUUUCAAUAAGGGCACCUCUUUUAUUUUCACUUAUCCACAUUUUAACUUAGGGGUAUACAUUUAUGUAUCUUGCUCACCAAUAGGGAUGAUGAGUAUCUAUGUAUAUACAUAUAUCAGAAACUCUUUUUAAUUAUUAGAACUGCGUAUGUGCAUUAUUCUUUGUGAAUUCUACGCUCCAAAAAAAUAACCAAAGUCAAAAGCCUUUAUAAUUUUUCAUGGGAAAUCACUGUAUAUUCAUGUAAUGUACUCUGUAGAGUGUAAAUACAUAUAUGUAUAUUA